AUGGCGCAAGCAGACCAUACAGGAAUCAACUUCACAUCCCGUUCUCAUCAUGACACUUAUCCCGCAAUCGACCCAACCAAGCGAGACCUCUCAUCCAAGUAUAUCUUCAUCACGGGAGCAUCCAAAGGCAUCGGCCGAGAAACAGCACUAUCUUACAGUCGCGCCGGAUGCGCCGGUAUCGCAGUUGGAGCAAGAACCAAUCUAGACAGGCUCGCAGCGUCCAUCAGCGAGGCAGCAUCCGAAGCAGGGAAACCAGUUCCCCAAAUAGUAGUCGUGCCGUUAGACGUGACAGAAGAGAAAUCCGUCACAGCCGCCGCUGCAACAGUCAACGAAGCAUUCCCGCGUCUCGAUAUCCUGAUCAAUAACGCGGGGUAUCUAGAGAAACGGGCUAAGAUCGCCGACAGCGAUCCGGAAGAGUGGUGGCGGACCUGGAAUGUGAAUGUCCUGGGACCCAUUGCGGCGCAUCUUCUUUCUCCUGGCGGUUCGGCGUAUCAGACUAGUAAGCUUGCGCUCCAGCGCUGGACUGAAUUUCUGGAUGCCGAUCAUGGACCCGAUGGUAUUUUGACUUUUGCUGUGCAUCCCGGUGGGGUGUUGACUGAUAUGGGGAAGAGGUUGCCUGUCGAGAGGCAGGUUGUGUUGACGGAGACGCCGAGACUUUGUGCGGAUACGCUUGUGUUUUUGACGGAAUCGAGGCGGGACUGGUUGGCUGCGCGGUAUAUUUCUGUUACUUGGGAUAUGGAGGAGUUGCUUUCGAGGGAGGAGGAGAUUGUGCAGGGUGAUAAAUUGAAAGUGAGGAUGGUUAUUUAA